GGCGCGCCGCUUCACGGACCUGUGUCGUCCCAUCAGUUGAUGUCAGCGCUCACUCAGGAGAUCAUCAUUGAAAAAAACAACCGGGAUUCGGACGCUUCCAGAGGGGAAACUUCUAUUUCUGAAGAAGUGGAUAAAUCAUGACUGCCACCGCCAGGAGCAAGGAAGCAGCUGGCCGGGACAAACCGGAGCCACAGAGCCGAGCGACAGAGACGACGGUGAGGGUCAGGAGGGCCCUGUGGCUGGUGGUGGCCAUGCUCAGUCUGUCCCUGCUGCUGGUGGUGCUGGGAGUCUACACAACCACCCGGACAGAGAGCCUGAAUGUUACUGGCUACACCUCUGGAGUUAUCCUGACUCUUGGAUCGUUCCUGGGACUUCUGGGACUGCGUCUGGAAGAAAACUGCAAGCAGCUGCUGACAGCCGCGAUCGUGUUCCUCAGCUUGGGGAUCGUCACCGCUUUCCUGUGCCUGGUGAUUGACGGCGCCUGUAUUGUGUUGAACAUGGACAUGCGUCCACUGACGGCAGAGAGAUGCCAAUAUUACAGCAGCGGCAACAGCUACAUCUAUGAGAAUUUCUACACCUCUGUGUCAUGUUGGAAUCUGAAGGAGUCUUGUAACAUGACAGUACGGAGUGGGACCUGUUACUGCUGCGACCUGUACGACUGCGCCAAUGGAGGCUACCUCAGCAACUACUACGAGUUUGUGGGCGUGAAAAGCUGCAAGGAAGUUUUCACCCUGUACAUUUUGAUCUGGACCCUCGCCGGCCUGAACCUCGUGGCCUUCUUCAAAGGGAUCCUGGUCACAGCGGUGCUCGGCAGCAUCAGGGACCUGGUGACACGCACACACAGGAGUAGCAGCCCAGGGGUCAGGCCCUCACAAGGCACUGCAACUUCCCCUACAGCUCCUCGGCUGAUGGACGCCAACACACACACAGUUUCCCAGCUCUACCCAGUCAGUGAUUGGUCAACACACACACACACACGUCGUGAUCUUUAGGCGAGUUCAAGGAACAUCAGUAAUCUGUGCUUUCCGUAGGGAAUUUCGUCUUCCUCUGAGUUAUGUUGGUGUUCUCAGAAGGUGUGUGUUACAAAUUGAAGUAAUGACUGACGGAAGGACCCGAACCUUUUGACCCCCUCCAUCCACACCGCAUUUAGAAGGAGGACACGUUGACACCCUCUGCUCUAUUACAUUCUCACUGUUGAUUCAUGAAAGCCACGUUUAUCCAGGAGGUUCCCCACGGCCCUAAUGUCGACUGAGCUCCGACGUCCGUGGGAUGAUGGGAUCGGACCCUUCAGUCUCUUAAAACGUAAAAACAUCACAAGCAAACCACAGGAAAAUGUAACUGACACUGGCGAGUAGGACUGGAAAAGUUAAACAAGAGCCGAGGGAAUAUAAGAUAACAUGCAGUGAGGAGGAAAGUGGUUCGUACCCUUUAGUUGUGUUUUUAUUACACGAACAUAGUUUUGGUGAGAUUUAGAAUCUUUCGUUUCAGGAGAUGGAAACUAAAACUUAUUACGUCCAUCUUAAGAGGAUGUAAAUCCUCUGAAUCAAAGUAUUGUGUUGUAUAAUCUCAGUUUAUGGUUCAAUAUUUCUAUCCAAAAUUACUAGAAUGACUACAAUUGUGAUUAUAUUAUAUAUGUAGAGUGGCUUUGAUUAUAUCAAACACGCAUGAAGAGCUCACACACAAAUCACAAGAAUCUAAAUUAACAUUUUUAGUAUCCACCACCACCCAGAACCUCUUCUCUCUGGAGGCAUAACAAAGCGUUAGUCGUUUGAAGUCAGACCUGAAGUAAACCUGUGUAGAAAUUCUGGAAUCUAAAUUUAAAGGGCGCACAGUAUUUGCCCAAACACGGGCAGCUGGUUCUCAUAUGAACGUGACCUGAAGCGAUCCAAGUACUCACUCAUCACCAGCGUCUGACUGUUUCCAGUCUCACACUCCGGGAAAAAGAAGGACGGUUUCUCAUGUAACUCAGGCUGCACAAUGUGUGAAGGUGAACAUGUUGCAAAAUGCAAAGCGCAGCUUGUAGACCAGAUUUGUGAACUUGUAGAACAAUGUGGGAACUUGUAGAACAAAAAUCUUCACUUGUGCAUUUAAAUCUUCACUUGUAAAAGAAAUUCAUACACAUGAAACCUGAAUUUCAAGUCACAGGAAAAAUAAACAUUUGAGAGGUUGUAGAAAAAAAUGUGAACUCGUAUGUUGAAAUGUUCACAGAGAAAAAAAAUAUUCACAAAUGUGUAGAUUACAAUUGUGGCUCAUCCAACAUCUUUAUUCUUUCUCGGUGAACAUAACGGUUGCUCUCCUGUUGUGUUUCUGUUCUGGACAUCAAUAGAAACGGUAGCGUGUGGUGGUUCAUUCUCGAUCCAGAACAGCAGUUUGGCAAAGAAAGCGAGGGGGGGGGGUUGAGUCAUCCGUAUGUGUUAGAUCAUGGGCAAAAAACAGGCCCUCCAUUUCACCUUUGCUCUCUCGCAAACGAACAAAACAUAUUUGGUGAGCUCGUUCGUCAUAGUUGUCAUGGAUUACCACAAAUUGCAGUGUUUAGUUUCCACAGAAGUCUUUAUGACUUCAAGUUCAUCUUGUGUCAUUCCGUUUUGUCCCUGUUAGUGUUUCCCGCCAGCAGAAAAGACGGCGGCCUCGCAGACUCUUCCUUCGCCAUCGACUCCUCAUUCAGUGUCCAAUCCUCCUCCCUUCGCCCCGCUGACCAGCCCGCUGACCGGCCCGCUGACCGGCCCGCUGACC